AUGAAUCGUUUUAAUCUGAUAUACGGGAAACAGGUGAAAGGUCAGGAAGAAAGGGAUCGGUUCGGCGUGGGUUUGAGAAAUGAAUGUGAAAAACAGAAGUUCUACGAAAAGAGAAGACUGGGUAGAGAGGAAGAGGCCGAGAGAUGUGAGAGAGAACGAGUAAACCGAGAGAGUCAAAGGAAGAAACGUUUUCUAUAUCAUCAUGGGAUUUGGCAUCAUCCUCUUCGAGUUGAGGAUCGCGAGCAACUUCAUUGUCAGUUUGAUGGUAAAGCUGAGAUCCUUCUUAUCAAUUUUAUAGAGUUUCCUAAACGGUCCCAAGUAUUAGACAGAAAAAAUGGCUCAGAAUCAGGAGUCAAUGUGGAGAAUGUUGACUUCCAGAAAUAUCCCGCUCUUGGAGAGGUUCCUGUUUACCACCAAGCUACUCUUACACCUGGAGAAUGCAUGUUCAUUCCAGCACAUUGGCUCUACCAGAUUACAUCUCUCUCGAAAGAUGCUCGGAGUAUAUCUUUAUCAAUUUACUGGAACCGUAAAAUUAUUGUUCCUUCCAACAAGAUAUGUGGUGAUGUAUCUGGUAAUACCAAGUUAUCCCAGGGGGAGUUUGUUGGAGAUCCGAAGGACGACGUUUUUGAUAUUUUCAAAAACAUCGCACUUCACGAGUUUAUUCAGUACUACUUGGAUGAAGGAAAAUUACAAAGACUAACAUUCGGUGAAUUUGAAGACAGGCUAAAAAAGGUAAGAUACCACCUAAAACAAUUAUGA